AUGCACAUUAUCGAAUUUCCAGUGAUUCCAUGCACGACGCCAAUCUAUAACGGGUUCAAUCAUGACGCUGUAGUCGAUAUCCACGGUGAUCUUCUACAAGGUCCACAAAACGGAUUCGUCAUUGAGUUCCCCUCACGUGAAGGGAUCGCUUUCCAUAUGUCUGUUCGAAUGGGACUAUAUGGAGGUGAAAAUACAAUUGUCCUCAACAACAUGAGGAAUGGAAGUUUUCAAAUUGAAGAGCGUCACUACAACGUCUUUCAACUUGGCGCACCCUUUCACGUGCAAAUAAAGAGUCAUUCCUCCCACUAUUCGAUUCAUGUCAAUGGAAACCACCUUGCUCAUUUCCACCAUCGUGAGGAUCCAUGUCACGUGACCGCUCUCACAAUACGUGGUGACGUAAGAAUCCAGAAAAUUCAUUUUGAGCACUUCAUCGGCAUGAACGGAGGAGGCUUCCAAGUUGGUUCUUCUUCGGCAAUGGUCGUAGCUGCUCCUCCUCCGCCACCAGCGGUAGUUAUUGCACCAACACCUGCUCCAGCCGUUGUGAUUGCGCCUCGACCAGCACCACUGGUUGAGGUGGUUCUUCCACCUCCUCGGCCGAUUAUCGAGGUUGUCGCACCAAGACCAGCUCCGAUCGUUGUUGUCGCGCCUCCGAGACGUCCAAUAAUUGCCCCGGUUGUCGUCAUUAACAAAGGAGGUCAUCACCAUCACAACAGACAUCAUUAG